CAUUCUCUGCCAGCAGAGCUGCAUUGGAACUCCUUGAGUUUCGGUUUCAAUUCUCUGUAACAAAGAGCGACAUCAACUCCUCCGAGCAGCUCCUCGAGUCUGUUUGCUGAACGAGCCUGUCUCAGGAUGGACUCCACCAUUUCUACAUUUGUCAUCAGGACCCUGUGCGACCACCAGGGAAGUCUGGACUCGAGGCGGCUGAACGAGAAAAUCGUGAGGAGUUUCCCCGGUGUGACCUCCCCGGUGCUGCGGAGCGUCCUGUUCGACGACGGUAGAAUAUGCAUCAGGUCAGGCAGAGAGAAGGCCACCGGCGGCUCCACGAUGAGUCCGGACAGUCUGCUGGUGGCUAAGACCAGUCUGCGCCUCUGUCAGAGGAAACCCGGAGAUUGUCCGCAGUGCGACGGCCUCCACCUGUGCAAGUAUUAUGUCUGCGGAGACUGCACGUUUGGACUCAAGUGUAAAAAUCCCCAUAGUCUGGCUUCUCCUUACAAUGCAGACAUUUUAAAGAGAUUCGGUCUUCAAGACUUUACGGAAAAGCAGCUGUUCCAGCUGUUGCUGCAGAAUGAUCCCUAUCUGCUUCCUGAGAUAUGCCCACAUUACAACAGAGGCCACGGUGAGCAUGGCACCUGCAGGUUCAGCACCUCCUGCAGCAAGCUUCAUGUCUGCCUUCACUACAUCAAGGGGGACUGUACGUUCGGAUCCUCGUGUAAGAGAAUCCAUAACAUUGAUGCAAAAGGAAACAAGAUUUUGCGCGGAUUGAGUCAGGAGACUAUUAACAACCUGUGUGAGAUCUACAGGAAUAAAUACAUCAUCAUGGGUCAGCUUGCUGCUGCUGUCCCAGUGCCAGCAGAGGUGAAAAUGCCCACUCGGUCGCCUUCCCACAGCACCUCUGGAUCCCCCCCAGGUCCUGUUUGUGCAUCUAAACCCACAACUGAUGCUGAGAGGAAUGAAAUCUGCCUCUUCUUCAUUCGCAGACACUGCAGCUUCAAAGGGAAGUGUGUCCGCAUCCAUUGGCACUUACCUUACAAAUGGCAGGUUUUAGACAGAGAUGGCAAGACCUGGAAGGACUUGCCUAAUAUGGAAGACAUUGAGGAAGCCUACUGUGACCCUGGACAAGAUGCAAGCUCCACAACUCAAGAAUUGAGUUCAGGGAUUUUCAGUUUAAUGGGACUUCGAAGCUCUCUGUCAACCGUUGUGAGGGGAGUUGACUUUAUGAGGAUGACAUAUGAAGGGUCUCCAGUUCGUCGACUGUCCACUGCCUCCUCUGUGUCAAAGCCCCCUCACUUCAUUCUCACUACACGGUGGCUUUGGUACUGGAAAGAUGAAAAGGGGAUAUGGCUGGAGUACGGACAGGGUGACCAACAAGCUUCUGUCACUUCAGAAACUCUGGAGAACUUGUACCUGGCAGAGGGAGACACAGAGAUCCCUUUUAGUGCUGGCAAUCAGCAUUAUGUUCUUCACCUGGGGAAGCCGCUGAUGUAUCAAGAGAACUUAAAAUACAAAACUAAGAGAGAGGUCAGACGGAGGCCUUGCUUUGUGUCUGCCCAAGACGUGAAGGUGAAGCUGGAUAGCACUUCGUCACACAGCUCCAGCUCCUCCAUGGACAAAAUUGUCCCAUCCUACUGGGACAUGAAAGCCCUGUCCGAUUUUGGAUUCAAGCACGUACUUCUCUCCAACUCUGCAAAGGACCAUAAUAUGAUUGAGAAGUUAUUCAGGAGCACUAUGCCUCUGAGCAGAAUUAACAGCAUCAAGAGGAUCCAGAACCCUUCACUGUGGAAAGUCUUUCAAUGGCAGAAAGAGCAGAUGACAGAGAGAAAUGGAAGGAAACCUGUGAAUCAGCAGUAUUUGUUCCAUGGCACUGAUGCGUCCCUGAUUCAGGCCAUCUCUGAGCAGAACUUUGACUGGAGGAUGUGUGGUGUCCACGGUGUGGCCUACGGCAAAGGGAGCUACUUUGCCAGAGAUGCAUCCUACUCGGACAGGUAUGCCUGCAUCAAAAGCACCAUGAACAAGAUCAUGUUCGUUGCUCUGGUCCUGGUGGGGGAGUACACCAAGGGAUCGAGCAGCUUUGUCCGACCGCCACCGAAAGCAAAUGGCAGAACCUUCUAUGACAGCUGUGUUGACAACGUGAGCAGCCCCAGCAUCUAUGUUAUCUUUGAGAAACAGCAGAUUUAUCCAGAGUAUGUUAUUGACUACACAUAAUGCUGAUGUUUCCCACACUGAAAGGUUUGGUCAGGGUGAAAAAAAACAAACCUAAUUAUGGGAUCAUCUUUGCUUUGCACAAUAGCGGCCAGUGCCUUUGUUGAUGGUGGAAGAAGUAGUUACGGUUAAUCCUGCAUUGAGAAAUGUACUGAAGUAAAAGCUUUGGUUUGAUCUAUUCAUUUAUACACUUGAUAUUUUUAAUAUUUACCUCUGAAACAUAGAGAAGCAGAAGGGAUGAAGAAGAGAUGAAGAACUGAUUAUAUACAUGUAUUCAUAAGACAGAAUGUAUAGAAAUAUAUUGCUUUAGUUGCUACAGUUAACAUUUAUGGUUGGGGGUGUCUAUUAUUUUGUGUUUAGUUGGGUUAGUACAUCUCCCAGAGGUUAAACUCUCAGUCAAGAUAUGGAAUGAUGUUUGCUGAUAGUUAAAAAAGUUAAAAAGUUUAAAAAAGCCA